AUGCUAGCCUGUGGUGGGUAUCUAUACUGGCGAAGGAGGGCACAUAACGAAUCGCAGACAUCUUUACCACUAAACUUUCCAUCGAGAACACCAGCUGGUAUACGUCUGUCAGAAGACGGACCACCAGCAACUGCUUUCACCCACGACAACGCCUCGACAGACUCCCUACCUACCCAUGCCUUACAUGAGAUUCCCGAAUUAUACCAGCCGACACCAGUUGCGUACUCUGAUACCAAUCAUCCCAUACCUAGCAAAGCAGCGAGUAUAUUGGGGAUAGGGAAGAAUAGGAGAUCAGCCAAGGGAAAGCAUAAAGGUCCAAUAGAGGAUGAGGAGGAUGAGGAUGUGGACAGCGAGAUAGAAGACAUAGCAGAACAGGGCAAGUUUGGAAAAGGAGAUGAAGGUGAAAUUGGCUCGGAUAGUGAUGAUGAUGAGUUGGGACCUUUUGAAAAGAAGUAG